AUGGGCAGUCCAAUCAGCCCAAUAAUUGCUAAUUUAUUUAUGGAGAGAUUUGAAGAAAAAGCGCUAGAGUCAUCCGUUCUGAAGCCCGCUGUAUGGUUUCGUUAUGUGGACGAUACAUUUGUGGUUUGGAAACAAGGACGUGACAGCCUAGAUGACUUUUUUCAUCACCUUAAUUCGCAGAGCCCGAGCAUAAAAUUCAGCAAGAAAACCGAAGUAAACAACCAACUGGCCUUCCUCGAUUUGCCUGUCAAGAGAAAUGGCGACCAUUUGGAUCACACGGUGUAUCGAAAACCCACUCAUACAGACCGCUAUAAUGACAGAGAAAUAAAGGCGGCGCUGGCGCCUAGGCAGAGGAGACCUGACGUCAAUGAACAGGAAAACAUCAUUAAUAAGGCCUUCCUUCCAUAUGUUUCCCAGGUCACCGAUAGGAUUAGUAAAGUUCUCAAGAAGCAUAACAUCAAAACCAUAUACAAACCUACCCGAAAAAUAAGGGACUGCUUAAGACCAGCCAAAGACAAAAGAGAACCAUUAUCCUCUGCAGGGAUCUACCAGAAGUCAGCCGUAGCAGAACAUGCUCUAAGAGAUGGUGACCAUAAAAUCCAAUUCGAAAACACCCAAGUCAUUGCCACAACAUCUGGAUAUUAUCCUCGUCUGGUCAGGAAAGCUGUUGAAAUUCAAAAACAUUCAAAUAAUUUCAACAGGAAAGAACAAACUUUCUACCUUAACAGAAUUUGGCAUCCAGCUAUAUCUAGGACCAAAGUAGCAGCACAGAGAAGUAGACCAGUUCCGGAAGAACUACCACCCGAACAACCCCACAUAUUAGCAGGAAUAAUAGCUGACCAUUCUUCGGCGGCUGAUUCCUCGGAGGUGGACUUUUUUUAG